UACUUACUACGUUACUAGAUGGCAUAUCACUGUGUUUAUCCCUAUGCCCAAUCGGCAUUGAUAUUUUCUCGUUUUAAAGAUGUCAAACAAUUGUAGAAGAGAUAAUUUGUAGAGAGAGAAAUAAGUUCUCGAUUCUGUCCCGACUCCUAUAAAUAACAAUAAACGACAACGAUUCCCUUCAUUCACUCUCAAUUCCAAUUUUGUACGGUUUUCCUUUUUGUUUCUCAUUCAAUUCCAUUGAAACAACAAUGGAUACUUACUCGCUUCACUUGGCUAUGGCGGCGCUAGUCGGAGCAUCUUUUGUGGCGGUUUCUGCCUACUAUAUGCACCGCAAAACUCUCUCACAAUUUCUGGAGUUUGCCAAGUCUUUGGAGAAGGAAGAACAAGGUGAAGAUGAUGAACAACAUGUUUCGAAGGAUCGUCAUCGUCGUAGGAAUAUUGGAGUUUGUCGUCGUGCUUCGGCGUCUUUGCCUGAUGUUACUGCGAUUUCUGGUGAGGUUGAUUGUGUUGAAAAGCGUAAUGGUUUUGUUCGUGUUACUGGUAUUCCUGAUGGCUUGCCCAGACUUCGUACCCUUACUGAAGGAAAAGGUGCUAGCCUUUCCCAUUCAGCUAGCAGAUCUCUUCUGAUGAGACCCACUUCUCCAAAGUCCCCUGUUGCCAGUGUCUUUGAAAGUGUAGAAGCAUCUGAUGAAGAAGAAGACUUCACAGAUAAUUCGAAGUUGGAUCCUACAUAUCUGGAUACUAAUGGAGAUGCUGACCCAGAAUUGAAAAACCAAUAUCAAGACAUACCCCAAAAUACUAAUAGUGGAGAUCAAAUUCCGAUAACUACUCCAAGCAUGAUUCGUUCUCACAGCGUGUCUGGUGACUUGCAUGGCGUUCAACCUGACCCAAUAGCUGCUGAUAUCCUGAGGAAAGAGCCAGAGCAUGAAACAUUUGUGCGGCUCAAAAUCUCUCCACGUGAGACACCAACACCUGAUGAAGUGGAAUCAUAUUUGGUUCUUCAAGAAUGCCUUGAGCUACGAGAGUGUUAUGUAUUCAGGGAAGCAAUUGCUCCAUGGGAAAAGGAAAUAAUAUCUGAUCCUAGUACGCCGAAGCCGAAUCCAAAUCCAUUCUAUUAUACUCCUGAGAAAAGAAGUAAUCACUAUUUCCAAAUGGAGGAUGGAGUUGUGCAAGUAUAUCCAAGCAAAGACUCAAAGGAGAAGUUGUUCCCAGUUGCUGAUGCAACAACCUUUUUCACUGAUUUGCAUCACAUUCUCCGAGUCAUAGCAGCUGGCAACAUUCGAACCUUAUGCCAUCAUCGACUUGUUCUACUUGAACAAAAAUUCAAUCUUCAUUUGAUGCUAAACGCGGAUAGGGAAUUUCUUGCCCAAAAGAGUGCACCACAUCGUGAUUUCUAUAAUGUUAGGAAAGUUGACACACAUGUUCAUCAUUCAGCAUGCAUGAACCAAAAGCAUCUUUUGAGAUUUAUUAAGUCAAAGUUGAGGAAGGAACCUGAUGAGGUGGUGAUAUUUCGUGAUGGGACCUAUUUGACUCUUAAAGAGGUUUUUGAGAGCUUGGAUUUGACCGGGUAUGACCUUAACGUUGACCUUUUGGAUGUUCAUGCUGACAAGAGUACAUUCCAUCGUUUUGACAAGUUCAAUCUCAAAUACAAUCCGUGUGGUCAGAGUAGGCUAAGGGAGAUUUUCCUAAAACAAGAAAAUCUUAUUCAAGGACGUUUUCUUGGGGAGUUGACCAAGCAAGUUUUCAGUGACCUUGCUUCCAGUAAAUAUCAGAUGGCAGAAUACAGGGUAUCCAUUUAUGGUAGAAAGCAAAGUGAGUGGGACCAAUUGGCCAGUUGGGUUGUUAAUAAUGAUUUGUACAGUGAAAAUGUUGUUUGGUUGAUUCAGAUUCCAAGAUUGUACAAUGUAUACAAGGGAAUGGGGAUAGUGACAUCAUUUCAGAACAUGCUUGACAACAUUUUCCUUCCUUUGUUUGAGGUUACUGUUGAUCCAGAUUCACAUCCUCAUUUGCACCUAUUCUUGAAGCAGGUUGUUGGGCUCGAUUUGGUGGAUGAUGAAAGUAAACCUGAACGACGUCCCACAAAACAUAUGCCUACACCAGAAAAGUGGACCAACAUCUUUAAUCCCGCCUUUUCAUACUAUGCUUAUUACUGUUAUGCUAACCUCUACACUUUAAACAAGCUGCGGGAGUCAAAGGGUAUGACGACUAUUAAAUUCCGUCCCCAUGCUGGAGAGGCUGGUGACAUUGACCAUCUGGCGGCAACAUUUCUCACUGCCCAUAAUAUUGCCCAUGGGAUAAAUUUAAGGAAAUCCCCUGUACUUCAGUACCUCUAUUAUUUAGCACAGAUUGGUCUGGCAAUGUCUCCUCUUAGCAACAAUUCUUUAUUCCUGGAUUACCAUCGCAAUCCUUUCCCCAUGUUCUUCUCACGUGGACUUAAUGUUUCGCUAUCAACUGAUGAUCCGUUACAAAUUCAUUUAACCAAGGAGCCAUUAGUGGAAGAAUAUAGCAUUGCUGCUUCGGUGUGGAAGCUUAGCUCUUGUGAUUUAUGUGAAAUUGCACGCAAUUCAGUCCUCCAAUCUGGAUUCUCUCAUGCUUUGAAGAGGCACUGGAUUGGUGAAAACUACUACAAAAGAGAUCCAGAUGGGAAUGACAUCCACAAGACAAAUGUACCUCAUAUACGAGUUGAAUUCCGUCACAUGAUAUGGAGGGAAGAGAUGCAGCAGGUGUAUCUGGGAAUAGCAAGUAUUCCUCUAGAAGUAGACAAGUGAUACCAGAACUUUUUAAGUAUUUAAUGGUCAGAGAUAACUACAAAUUGCUUUCACCGAGCUAUUUUCUGUUCUCAACAAUGGCAAGCGUCUCAUACGCAUUCUGUUCUGGCCUUCAGAUACCAGGUGCUGCGCGUUGUUGAAGCUACAGGAUACUCCUAUGCAUCCUAAUGUUGUGCAUUAGUGAUUAGAGGUGUGGAGUUGGGCUACACACCCCCUGUCAAAGGUUGCGGAAUUGCAAUUGUUUGAAAAUAUCAAAUUAUUUAAAUAGGUUAGAAUCAUAGUGAAUUCGAGUAAUUUAUAACGGUGCUUGUUAUAUAUAAAUAAGUAGCAGUAUUUUGGAAGAUAAAAGUGGAAAGUAUGUCCACAAAAUUUUGGCCUUAUGAAGCCCUUUUUUGCUCCCUCUAUUGAUAGAAAAUUUCGUUGCCUGCCGUUGUUUCAGCGACUUAUGGGGAUGCUGCUGAUUGUAUAUAUGAUGGGGUUUGAUUAGGUCUUAUUAUGUAAAAGUAAUUUAUAUUUGAAGAUGUUGAACAUCAUUCAAUCCAAGUUAAGAAAUAAAUGAAUUUCUUUGUGGGUGAA